UGCCCAUCUUUUAAUUUGUCAACUUCCUCAAACGGGAGACAAACCUGCCAGUGCGUCAGCUCAGUUUUUACCUGUCAUUCGAUUAUGUUUUACUCUUGAGGUUACAGAUGAUUUCAUUGGCUGGUUUGACUGAGGAGUUAAAUACAGCUCGCCUCUUGCGGGCCUAGUUUUUUUCUGUCUCCCUCUAGAAAGUCUAGUCUCUCAGUCAAGUCUUAGAAAACACCAGUGAGUCCUGGAGGCAACAUGGACCUGGACAGUAAACGGCUGGUGGUCGUGGUACCAAACGAAGUGUCGGUGCCCUCGGGCAGGGUGUUCAGCAGUGAGGACGAGGCAUGGAGGAGCUACCUGGAGAACCCGCUGACGGCUGCCACGAAGGCCAUGAUGAGCAUCAAUGGAGAUGAGGACAGUGCAGCAGCUCUGGGACUGUUGUAUGACUACUACAAGGUUCCCAGAGAGAGGAGACGUGCCUCCAGUGGUGCUAAACUCACUGACCCCUCCACUCUCGGGCCCAGUAACUGCGGGAGCUUGGAAAUACUGGAUCACCAUCUUCAGGCUCUUAGAUGCAUGCCUGUCAACCUCUCUCUAAACCACAGCACCACUACAGAACAUCAGGCUUCUAAGUACGGAGCUACCAGCCUUGCAGGAGACACCAGAGGAGGAGAUGGAAAAAGUGAAGGUGGAGCAGCUCUUGCUCUGGUCAAGACAGAGGGCCAGACGUCCAUGGGAGUGUCCUCAUCUGGCAGUUCCUACCCAGACGAGCCCAGAGACCAGAUAAGGAUGGUUUAUGAGCAGGGCUGCUAUGAUUUGUCCCUCUCCGGGUGUUUGAAAGAUGAACAGAGAAGCACUCCAGACAGCACAUACGAGGAUGCUGUGGAAGGAGCGAUGUACCAGAGAAGUCCUUCCCCAGGAAUUGAUGAAUACCAUUAUAGCCUGCCAGUUGAUAGUUUCCAGUACAGCCUGGAGGCCAGCAUGUCACUGCGACAAGGAGAAGGACCCAUGGCUUACCUGAACCGGAGCCAGUUCUAUGCUUUGACGCUGUCUGAGACCAGCUUCAGAUCAUCUCUGUGUCAGCCCAGAGGCAAAAUGCGGGUGAGUGGAGCGACGCCGUCACAGGGGCCUGAUGGGAGCCCAUCCAGUGGUGAGCAAUGCACCAUGAGAGGCUCUGAACUACAGCGGGACAGUAUUGUACAGAGUGUUAUCAUGGUUGUCUUUGGGGAAGACAAGUGCAGAGAUGAGCAGCUGAAGAAUUGGAAAUACUGGCACUCCCGUCAGCACACUGCCAAACAGAGAGUCCUAGACAUUGCUGACUACAAGGAGAGCUUCAGCACGAUAGGGAACGUGGAGGAAAUUGCCUACAAUGCGGUCUCUUUCACAUGGGAUGUCAGUGAAGAAGCCAAGGUUUUUAUCUCCGUGAACUGUCUGAGCACUGACUUCUCCUCGCAGAAGGGCGUGAAGGGGAUGCCUCUCCUAAUCCAGAUUGACACUUACAGCUACAACAGUUGCAGCAGCAGACCCAUCCACAGGGCCUUCUCUCAGAUCAAGGUCUUCUGCGACAAGGGCGCUGAGAGAAAGCUUCGUGAUGAGGAGAAGAAACAUCUUAGAAAGAAGAUGAAGGGGAAAAAUGGCAGCUCAGGGUCAAUCUCUCCCAUUAAGAGGGCUGAGAGCACGCUGUUCAAAGCCAUGACAGAUCUGGACUCUCAGCCCGUCCUCUUUAUUCCUGACGUCCAUUUUGGAAACCUUCAGAGAGCAGGGCAGGUGUUUGCUUUUAAUACUGAGAAGGUCGACAGAGAUAGGAGUGUUCUAGUUAAGAGGAUGUCAUGUGUUGCCGAGGAAGAUAUCUGUCCACCUCAAGCCAAGAAGUCCAAAGUAGACCAGGAGAGGAAAGUUCUUCUGUAUGUGAGGAAGGAGUGUGAUGAAGUGUUUGAUGCCUUAAUGCUGCAUACCCCAACCCUCAAAGCACUGAUGGAGGCAGUCUCAGAGAAAUAUGCCUUACCUGUGGACAAGAUGGCCAAAGUUUACCAAAAAAGCAAAAAGGGGGUCCUGGUGAACAUGGAUGACAACAUCAUCCAGAAUUAUUCCAAUGAGGACACCUUCAUCCUGGCCAUUGAGAGCUCAGCAGAGUCCUUGCAUCUGACUCUGUCAGAGAUCUGAUGGCACUGUAUUCAUCAGCCAUUAUACUGUUGGACCGAUGUGAUCAGUGAUGGGUGAAGCUUUAGCCACGCCAUGUGUAACAAUUGUGAAUAUUGUUAUCAGUAUUAGAUAACAGAGCCAUCUUAUUGAAGGUCACAUCAGGACUCUCAGUAGUGUUGGCUGGCCUGUAUGGGUCAUUGGCUAAAUUCCAUCCAGCAUGCAAAAUCCACGUACACCUCACCUGCUGUAGUGCCUGUUUACAGCCUGAUGUGGGAGGAUUUCUAGCACCUGGAACACAGGCUUAAUGUUGAAAAUCUCUGGAGUUGUUGGGUAAGAAAAAUCUUUGAUCUUCCCUGGUCAACUAUCUUUGCAAGUCUUCACUAGCUACAUACGAAUAGGAACAUAUGAAUUCACUUCUGAACAGCUUUUUGUUUAUCUGACGUGAUCACCACAAAGCAUCCGUCCAGCUAGCCUGCUGUCGUUCCACUGGAAGAAGACCUUACAGUAUACAGUCGUUGCUGCUGUUUUUGGAUUAACAGCAAGCAAGGACUGCUGUUUGGUUCCUCUUUGGCCUCUGCCACAUCUGCCAUUCUCCCUGUAAUGCCUUGCUUCAGAGAACCUUUAUCCAACAUCUUUUGCUGGCACUCAGCAGUUCAAGGUAAUAGUAAGAUAAUGGCUCUGUUUUGUGUGUAUAUAGUUUUUUCUAGACGUGUGUUCAAAGUAGUUCUGAUGUCUUGAUUAAGUCAAAGUGAACUUUGUUAAUCUUUACUGGUUGUCUGUCUUGUGCUUUACUGGUCAUAUUUUCACUGCCUACUUAAUGUUUCCAGUCGGUGCCAGUGAAAUAACAGUUAUCCCAGGUUGUGAUUACAUGCUGAUGUCUCAGGAUCUAUGAUUAUAUGAGGCAUCAUUAUGGAUCAGGACUGCCAGUCUCCAGGAUGCUGUAAUAAUGUUUUGCUUCCUCUGUGCAUAUGUUUAUUGCUUUCCCUCUCACUAAAGAGACUGCAGUCAGUAAUAUUUAUGUCAUUAGUCAGGGACUUACAAAGCCCAACGGUUCCAUUUACACCGUCCUUGUCUGAAGCUGCUGCAAACCAUCAGAGCUUAACAGUCUCAGUGCUCCGUUCCUGCUCGCUGCCUGUGUUUACACCUGAUUCACUGCCAGCAUUUCUGUCCUACAUAUGCCUCAUGCACUGUGAUGUACAGUCUUUUAAAUGAGUCAAUAAAUAUAGUUUUAUAUGUA